AAAUAAAUAUAUAUGCCGCAAAGGAAAAUUUAUUUCCUGUAGACUGUAGACAAAACAAUUACCUUUUAAUAAUGCUUCGAUCGAUUUAUCAAAGAGCCAAUGCAUUAAAGACUGUUAUUCAAAGACGCAGUUUGCAGCACACUGUUUUGGAAGCUCAACUCAAACAUAUACCGCCACGACCUCCUCAAGUAAAUCAUUUAAGCAAAUCAAAUGAUAAAACAGUUGGCAAGUGGUUUCUAGGAUGCAGCGGCAUGGUGUUCGUUGCUGUUGGACUAGGCGGUGUUACAAGAUUAACAGAAUCAGGACUUUCAAUGGUGUCUUGGAAACUACUUGGUGAGCAUAUGCCACGCAAUCAAGAAGAAUGGAUUAAAGAGUUUGAGAAAUAUCAACAGUAUCCUGAAUUUAAACUAAAGAAUGCUAGCAUAACAUUGGAAGACUUUAAAUUUAUAUAUAUGAUGGAAUAUAUACACAGAAUGUGGGGUCGCGCGAUCGGUGCGUUUUUUCUAGUUCCGGCUGCAUACUUUUGGAGAAAAGGCUAUUUUUGUGCUAGAACAAAAAAGGUUGUAUUAUUAUUAGGCACUUUAAUUGGACUCCAAGGUCUAAUGGGAUGGUAUAUGGUGAAGUCCGGCUUGGAAGACAGAUUUGAUAACCCAAAUGAUGUGCCGCGCGUUUCCCAAUAUAGAUUGGCAUCACAUUUAGCUGCUGCAUUUGUCCUAUAUGCAUUGUUUUUAUCGAAUGCAAUGUCUAAGUUGAUACCAUCUGAUAUAUAUGUAUCUACAGCAAAGCGGGUACUUAAUAUUAAGAAAUUGGCACAUGUAACGAAAGGUAUGGUGUUCUUGACAGCCAUCUCUGGAGCAUUUGUGGCUGGACUGGAUGCUGGAUUAGUUUACAACUCAUUUCCAAAAAUGGGCGAUACCUGGAUACCUAAUGAUCUACUGCAAUUUAAACCAAUACACAAAAAUAUUACAGAAAAUCCAACGACGGUUCAGUUCAACCAUCGUAUAUUGGGCAUUACAACAGUAUCAUUUAUUACGGCUUUAUGGCUGAUGAGUCGCAAAAAAUUACCCAAACGUGCAAGUUGGGCUAUCAAUGCUGUAACUAUUAUGGCCUGGACGCAAGCUACUUUGGGUGUAACUACAUUAUUAACCUAUGUACCUGUGCCAUUGGCCACAGCUCAUCAAUCUGGAUCAUUAAUUCUCCUCAGUUUUGCUGUCUGGCUUUCGCACGAAGUCCGACUUUUAAAGUACAUACCAAAAUAAAGCAAGAUAUACAAAAAAUAAACAUCGUAACUUGGCACACAUAUUAAAUAAAUAAAUUCCUUUCUUUUUAC